UGUCUCUGAGGUGUUUAUGUUUCUGUCCAGGGUUGUGUCUCUGAGGUGUUUAUGUUUCUGUCCAGGGUUGUGUCUCUGAGGCGUCCAGAAUGUUGUCUGUUAUAAUCAUGUUUCUGUCCAGGGUUGUGUCUCUGAGGCGUUUAUGUUUCUGUCCAGGGUUGUGUCUCUGAGGUGUCCAUGUUUCUGUCCAGGGUUGUGUCUCUGAGGUGUUCAUGUUUCUGUCCAGGAUUGUGUCUCUGAGGUGUCCAUGUUUCUGUCCAGGGUUGUGUCUCUGAGGUGUUCAUGUUUCUGUCCAGGGUUGUGUCUCUGAGGCGUUUAUGUUUCUGUCCAGGGUUGUGUCUCUGAGGUGUCCAUGUUUCUGUCCAGGGUUGUGUCUCUGAGGUGUUUAUGUUUCUGUCCAGGGUUGUGUCUCUGAGGUGUUUAUGUUUCUGUCCAGGGUUGUGUCUCUGAGGUGUUUAUGUUUCUGUCCAGGGUUGUGUCUCUGAGGUGUCCAGAAUGUUGUCUGUUAUAAUCAUGUUUCUGUCCAGGGUUGUGUCUCUGAGGAGUCUAUGUUUCUGUCCAGGGUUGUGUCUCUGAGGCGCCCAGGAAAGUUAAAGACGCCCUCAUCCCAGAGGGUUGGCCUCAUAAAGGGGCCAUCUCCUUUAAGGACUAUACGAUGAGGUACAGAGCGAACACCCCCAUCGUGCUCGAUGGACUCCAGCUCAACAUCCAGCCCAGGGAGAAGCUGGGCAUCGUGGGGAGGACAGGCUCCGGGAAGUCUUCUUUAGGAGUGGCCCUGUUCCGCCUGGUGGAACCAGCUGCAGGGACUAUCUUCAUAGAUGGGGUGGACACCAGCGCUAUCGGCCUGGAGGAUCUCCGCAGUAAACUGUCAAUCAUCCCCCAGGACCCUGUCCUAUUCAUCGGCACUGUCAGGUAUAAUCUGGAUCCUUUCAACAACUAUAGUGACGAGGACAUCUGGUCUGCUCUGGAUAAGACUUUCAUGAAACACACAAUCUCCAGUCUCCCUGAGAAGCUGCAGUCGGACGUAGUGGAAAACGGGGAGAACUUCUCUGUAGGAGAGAGACAGCUGAUGUGUAUGGCCAGAGCACUGCUACGAAACUCCAAGAUCAUCUUGUUGGACGAGGCGACGGCAUCGAUCGACUCAGAGACGGACUCUCUGAUCCAGCACACCAUCAGAGACGCGUUCCAGGACUGUACCAUGCUUACUAUCGCUCACCGCAUUAACACUGUCCUGGAGUCAGAUCGUAUACUGGUCAUGGACGCCGGAAGGGUGGUUGAGUGUGACAGUCCAGAGGUCCUGAUGCAGAGACCAGAUUCUCAGUUUGCAGCUCUCCUGACUGCAGCCAACACCGUCAACACAUGAGCCUGGACACACUCCAUCUGCAGUCUGGACACCCCCCCCAUCUGUAGUCUGGACACACACCCGUCUGCAGUCUGGACACACCCCCUAUGACUCUGGACACACCUCCAUCUGCAGUCUGGACACACCUCCAUCUGCAGUCUGGUCACAUCUCCAUCUGGAGUUUGGACACACCUCCAUCUGCAGUCUGGACACACCCCCAUGAGUCUGGUCACACCUCCAUCUGCAGUCUGGUCUGACCUCCAUCUGCAGUCUGGACACACCUCCAUCUGCAGUCUGGACACACCUCCAUCUGAAGUCUGGACACACCUCCAUCUGCAGUCUGGACACACUUCCAUCUGCAGUCUGGACACACCUCCAUCUGCAGUCUGGACACAUCUCCAUCUGCAGUCUGGACACAUCUCCAUCUGAAGUCUGGACACACAUCCAUCUGCAGUCUGGACACCUUUCCAUCUGCAGUCUGGACACACUUCCAUCUGCAGUCUGGACACACCUCCAUCUGCAGUCUGGACACACCUCCAUCUGAAGUCUGGACACACCUCCAUCUGCAGUCUGGUCACACCUCCAUCUGCAGUCUGGUCACACCUCCAUCUGUAGUCUGGACACACCUCCAUGAGUCUGGACACACCUCCAUCUGAUAUCUGGUCACAACUCCAUCUGCAGUCUGGUCACAACUCCAUCUGUAGUCGGGACACACCUCCAUCUGAAGUCUGGUCCCAACUCCAUCUGAACUCUGGACACACCUCCCUCUGCAGUCUGGACACACCUCCAUCUGUAGUCUGGACACACAUCCAUCUGCAGUCUGGACACACCUCCAUGAGUCUGGACACACCUCCAUCUGAAGUCUGGACACACCUCCAUCUGAAGUCUGGACACACCUCCAUCUGAAGUCUGGACACACCUCCAUCUGAAGUCUGGACACACCUCCAUCUGUAGUCUGGACACCUCCAUCUGUAGUCUGGACACACCUCCAUCUGCAGUCUGGACACACCUCCAUCUGCAGUCUGGACACUCCUCCAUCUGCAGUCUGGACACACCUCCAUCUGAAGUCUGGACACACAUCCAUCUGCAGUCUGGACACCUUUCCAUAUGCAGUCUGGACACACCUCCUCCAUCUGCAGUCUGGACACACCUCCAUCUGCAGUCUGGACACACCCCCAUCUGCAGUCUGGACACACCUCCAUCUGCAGUCUGGACACACAUCCAUCUGCAGUCUGGACACCUUUCCAUCUGCAGUCUGGACACACCUCCAUCUGAAGUCUGGACACACCUACAUCUGAAGUCUGGUCACAACUCCAUCUUAGGUCUGGACACACCCCCUUGAAUCUGGACACACCUUCAUCUGUAGUCUGGACACACCUCCAUCUAAAGACUGGUCACACCUCCAUGAGUCUGGACACACCUCCAUCUGAAGUCUGUUCACACCUACAUCUGCAGUCUGGUCACACCUCCAUCUGCAGUCUGGUCACACCUCCAUCUGUAGUCUGGACACAUCUCCAUGAGUCUGGACACACCUCCAUCUGAUAUCUGGUCACAACUCCAUCUGCAGUCUGGACACACCUCCAUCUGUAGUCUGGACACACAUCCAUCUGCAGUCUGGACACACCUCCAUGAGUCUGGUCACACCUAAAACUGAAGUCUGGACACACCUCCAUCUGAAGUCUGGACACACCUCCAUCUGAAGUCUGGACACACCUCCAUCUGAAGUCUGGACACCUCCAUCUGUAGCCUGGUCCCACCUCCAUCUGUAGUCUGGACACACCUCCAUCUGCAGUCUGGACACACCUCCAUGAGUCUGGUCACACCUAAAACUGAAGCCUGGACACAACUUCAUCUGUAGCCUGGACACAUCCCCAUGAGUCUGGUCACACCUCCAUCUUCAGUCUGGACACACCCCCAUGGGUCUGGUCAAACCUCCAUCUGAAGUCUGGUCACAACUCCAUCUGCAGUCUGGACACACCCCCAUAUGAAGUCUGGACACACCCCCAUAUGAAGUCUGGACACACCCCCAUAUGAAGUCUGGACACGACCCCAUCUGAUGUCUCCGCCCACCACCUGUCCUUAAUUGUCGGACCACCCCACCCCCCAUGCUUUCUCUGUUUUCCAUGGACACACAUGAAUGUGCAUGUGCCUGCGCGCACGCUUAUCCAGACAAACAUAUGCAAACACACACACACACGUGCGCGUGCACACCUAAAGCAUACGGCAUUAGCGUCAUGCUAGCAUUGACUAAGGAAGCUGUAUCAGGCAGUAACACCAUUAUGAAGUGACUAAACAGCUGUAACACCAUUAUGAAACUAUAAAACAGCAGUAACACCAUUAUGAAGUGACAAAACAGCAGUAACACCAUUAUGCAACUAUAAAACAGCAGUAACACCAUUAUGAAGUGACAAAACAGCUGUAACACCAUUAUGGAACUAUAAAACAGCAGUAACACCAUUAUGAAGUGACAAAACAGCAGUAACACCAUUAUGAAGUGACAAAACAGCAGUAACACCAUUAUGAAGUGACAUAAACAGCAGUAACACCAUUAUGAAACUAUAAAACAGCUGUAACACCAUUAUGAAAGUAUAAAACAGCAGUACCACCAUUAUGAAGUGACAAAACAGCAGUAACACCAUUAUGAAACUAUAAAACAGCUGUAACACCAUUAUGAAACUAUAAAACAGCAGUAACACCAUUAUGAAGUGACAAAACAGCAGUAACACCAUUAUGAAGUAACAAACAGCAGUAACACCAUUAUGAAGUGACAAAACAGCAGUAACACCAUUAUGAAACGACAAAACAGCAGUAACACCAUUAUGAAGUAACAUAAACAGCAGUAACACCAUUAUGAAACAACAAAACAGCAGUAACACCAUUAUGAAGUAACAUAAACAGCAGUAACACCAUUAUGAAACUACAAAACAGCAGUAACACCAUUAUGAAGUAACAUAAACAGCAGUAACACCAUUAUGAAACAACAAAACAGCAGUAACACCAUUAUGAAGUAACAUAAACAGCAGUAACACCAUUAUGAAACUACAAAACAGCAGUAACACCAUUAUGAAACUACAAAACAGCAGUAACACCAUUAUGAAACUACAAAACAACAGUAACACCAUUAUGAAGUAACAAAACAGCAGUAACACCAUUAUGAAACAACAAAACAGCAGUAACACCAUUAUGAAGUAACAUAAACAGCAGUAACACCAUUAUGAAACUACAAAACAGCAGUAACACCAUUAUGAAGUAACAUAAACAGCAGUAACACCAUUAUGAAACAACAAAACAGCAGUAACACCAUUAUGAAACAACAAAACAACAGUAACACCAUUAUGAAGUAACAAAACAGCAGUAACACCAUUAUGAAACUACAAAACAGCUGUAACGUUUAUUUGAUUCACAGCACUUUGUCU